AUGCUGUCAGCUGUCAGAAACAACGUCCGUAGCUAUUCCACUGCUGUUAAAACCUUGAAAAUUGGUUUGAUCCCAGGAGAUGGAAUUGGAAGAGAGGUUAUACCUGCUGGAAAACAAAUUUUGGAGGCUCUCCCAGCUGAACAUGGUCUGAAAUUUGAAUUCCAAAAUUUGGAUGCCGGUUUCGAAUUGUUCAAGAAGACCGGUGUAGCUCUUCCAGAUGCUACCGUGGAAGCCUUGAAGCAAAACUGCGACGGUGCUCUUUUCGGUGCCGUUUCCUCUCCAACUACUAAGGUAGAAGGGUACUCUUCUCCUAUUGUUGCCUUGAGAAAGAAGAUGGGACUCUACGCCAACGUCCGUCCUGUGAAAUCUGUUGAAGGUAUUGGUAGACCAGUUGAUAUGGUUAUUGUUCGUGAGAACACUGAAGAUUUGUAUAUUAAGGAGGAGAGAGUGUACGAGAAGGACGGUCAGAAAAUAGCAGAAGCUAUCAAGCGUAUCUCUGAAAAUGCCACCAACAAAAUUGGUAAAAUGGCUCUGGAGAUCGCCUUGCAAAGACAAGCUGUCCGUGAAUUAGGAGGAACUUCUUUACAUUCUAAACCUUCUCUUACUGUUACUCAUAAAUCUAACGUUUUGGCUCUAUCUGAUGGUUUGUUCCGUGAGACUAUCAAGAAACUCUACGACAGUAACUCCAAGUACGCUUCUAUCGAGUAUAAGGAGCAAAUUGUUGACUCAAUGGUCUACAGAAUGUUCCGUGAACCUGAAAUCUUUGACGUAGUCGUUGCACCUAACUUGUAUGGUGACAUUCUUUCUGAUGGUGCUGCGGCCUUAGUUGGGUCCUUAGGGGUUGUUCCUUCUGCUAACGUUGGUGAUGAUUUUGCCAUCGGUGAGCCAUGUCACGGAUCUGCCCCAGAUAUCGAAGGUAAAGGUAUUUCCAAUCCGGUCGCUACCAUUAGAUCCACUGCUCUCAUGCUGGAGUUCAUGGGUUACCCUAAGGCUGCUGCUCAAAUCUAUGCUGCUGUUGAUUCUAAUCUUGCUGAGGACAAGAUUAAGACUCCUGAUUUGAAUGGAAAGUCCACUACUCAAGAAGUUGUGGACGAUAUCAUUAGACGUUUUUAA